GUUCGUGCACUCGGACGUGGUCUCACCUGAGCAUACUGUUGCUUGAGGGGCGCAGAAAGACGCACGACGCAGCACACGUCCUCCCCUAAACUGGAGAGCAGCAUUAACACCACACUUCCGUUUCCCGCUGAAAACCAGUAUCAGUUUGGGUCCAGUAUUUGGACUUUCCAUCGAGUCAGACCGAUCACACAUCAAUCCCACGGAUCAGGUAAUCAAUCGCCGGGGAUCGGACCGAGCAGCGACGUGCCUCGGGAUCUUGUUUUCCGGAAGAGGUGGAGAAAACUGGAACAUUUCAAAAUAAAAGUACGGUCACGUGACGUGUGGCGUUCAGAGGGAACGUUGGAAGAUCGAUCUUGUGUGACCUGGUCGCGAAACCGGAAGCUCCAAUUGGACACGUGGCUGAUUUGCUAACAGUCUGUCCCUUCUUUCUUUUCGAAACUCUCUUCUAAAGCGUACUACUUUUGGACAAAACAGGACACACUCUAAUCUGGGCGAAAGUUCAUCAGCCAACAUGGCGGCAGUUGUUCUUCGAAGGCAAACUUUCAAGACACCGUUUCUUGUGUCACGCUUCCACACUUCGCCGGCUGUUCUUCAGAAGCCUCCACUUCCCCAGUCCCGCUUCUUCCCGCCACAGGAGACGCCCAUGCUUCCGCCCGGCAGCUUCAAAGGCCGCGUGGCGUUCGUCACGGGCGGCGGGACGGGAUUGGGCCGCGCCAUGACGACCACUCUGUCGCACCUGGGAGCGCAGUGUGUGAUCGCGAGCAGGAAGUUGGACGUGCUGCAGGAAACGGCUGAAGCAAUUAGUAACCAGACAGGAAACAAGGUCCAUGCCCUCCAGCUCGAUGUCAGAGAUCCUCAGGCUGUAAGUCGUUGUGUCGACCAGAUGGAGAGUCUUACAGGCUUACCUGAUGUGAUCAUCAACAACGCGGCAGGAAACUUUGUCUCCCCGUCGGAAAAUCUGUCAGCCAACGCCUGGAAGACCAUCACUGACAUCGUCCUGAAUGGAACCGCCUUCACCACCCUGGAAGUUGCCAAGAGACUCAUCCACACGGGCAAAGGCGCAUCCUUCCUGGCCAUCACCACGAUCUACGCCGAGUCGGGAUCGGGUUUUGUGGUUCCGAGCGCCUCGGCGAAGGCCGGCGUGGAGGCGCUGUACAAGUCUCUGGCAGGAGAGUGGGGACGCUAUGGACUCAGGUUCAACAUCAUCCAGCCUGGACCCAUCAAAACCAAGGGGGCUUUCAGCCGUUUGGACCCCACAGGACAAUUUGAAGCUGGAAUGAUGAGUCGGAUCCCGACGGGCCGACUGGGAACACCCCCCGAGGUUGCAAACCUGGCGACGUACAUGUGCAGCGACUACGCCAGCUGGAUGUCUGGAGCGGUGGUUCGCUUCGAUGGCGGCGAGUACGUGAUGAUGGCGGGAGAAUUCAACGAGCUACGCAAGGUCACGCCUGAUCAAUGGAAGGUGAUGGAAAAGAUGAUCAGAAGCACCAAAGGAUCUUAAAAAGACUCAAAAGGCGACAGUGGACACGCCCACUUGAUGAUGUCAUUGCUUUUUGAAUAGUUCCAUCCAUCCAUUUCCUACCGCUUGUCCCUUUUGGGGUCGCGAUGGGUUGCUGAAUUAAUCAAAAAUGGUACUGUCAUGUACUUUGCUGUGCAGUACUGUCGCUCUAGUACGUGGAAAGGUUUUCCAGAUGUUCUUGCGACGACACAAAGUACAUUUUCUACGGAUUGAUGUCUGUGAUAUCAAGUGACAUCACUUGUUGUCGCGUGUUAUGUCGGGCUGUAUCUUUAAAUCAUAUUUUUUUGCUGAUUUUAAUCGUUGAAUUAGCGUAACUAAUAAAUAUUAAAAUACGGA